CUACCUUCCUCACCUCCUCAACAUUUCAUUAUGUCAUAAGGAGGAAGUUUAAAUCCACUUGUUUCCUUCCUAGGAGACUCUUUGGCUCCUUCUCUUCCUUCCUAAAGCAAAUCUUUUCUGCUUCCUAUCAGGACCCUACACACAGAGUGUGUAUGUACGUGAGUGGCUGUGCUUUCUAACUACCAUCCAGCUGUAGUGUGUUUGUCUCGACUGACAGGUAUCUUAGCCAAUCAGAGCAGGUGUUAGGUACAUGUUACUCACCUGUUUGCGUAAACACACACGUUCCUGUAAACACACUGAACUCUGACCAGCCUUAUCAGAGGGCGAGGGACAUAGGCAUAGUACAGAAAGAGAGAGUGGAGCAGGAAGUGGGUGAGAGACCCGACGAGAGACGGAAGAGAGAGAGAAGCUAACAGAAACAUGAGAGCUGAACACACACCGAACCACAACAUUCACCUGUAAAGCUCAGCCGCCAUGUCUAAAGCGACAGUCAAGAAGCUGCACUGGCGCUCCAAGGUGCAGGAGAGCUUUGUCCCGCUGGGGGGUGGCAGCGGCGGCUCAGGGGAGCUCGGCCUAGCAAUUGGGGGCGGGGCCGACUAUGGUGAGUUCCCCUUCGUCACAGCGGCUCCAGGAGGCGGGGCCACAGUGGGUGACAUCAUCCUGGAGAUCGGGGGGACCCCUGUGUUGGGAAUGACCCUUGGUGAUGUCAGAGGAGUCCUCAACUCCUGUCCUCAUCCAAUCAGGAUCAAGACUGUGUCACCAGGGUCGUCUCUGUGUAAAGACCUCAGGUUAUAUCUCAGUAAGUGUUUCACUCCGGGCUCCAUGGAUAGUCAGCUGCAGCAGCUCAUCAGAGAGAACCUGUACCUGCGCGCCGUGCCCUGUACGACCCGGCAGCCGCGGGACGGAGAGAUUUCCGGAGUGGACUACAACUUUGUGUCUAUUGAGGAGUUUUUCUCUCUGGAGGAGUCCGGAGCUCUGCUGGAGAGUGGCAAGUUCAAAGGGAACUACUAUGGAACGCCCCGACCCGUCCACAUCGGCCCAGAGAGUCCACCAAUCACAUACCAGGAGCAUCGCAACCUGCUGAGGAACUUCAGGACCAGGAGCAAGUCUCUGAGCAACCUGGAGAAGGCUGUGGAGGAAGGAGACAACAGCGAGGAGGACAACGGGCUGUCAGCUGGAGCCACGCCCACUGCUCUGCCUCCCAGCCAAUCAUGGGAGUCAGCGGUCAGGAGUCGAGAGGGGACAGAGAAUGGAGGAGGGGGAGGAAGAGGAAGAGGAGGUCUACUCCCUGGAAACUGGCAACUGGCCUACAGUGACUCCGGGGAGCCGUACUACAUCGACCAUACCUCAAAGACGACCAGCUGGGUGAAUCCUCGGACUCAGAGCAAAGAGACGACGUCCUCUACAGAACUCCCAGAAUUCACGGAGCAGCCCAGCCAGCUGAGGGGUUACUCCAUCCACACCCGGCUCUCCAAAGGCCCGCGAGGGUUCGGCUUCAACAUUGUUGGAGGAAGUCGACCCAGAGAGUUUCUGCAGGUGUACAGUGUCACACCUGGAGGACCUCCUGCUCUCAAUACAGCGGACAUCCUGGUCUACAUCAACGACACCUGUGUACUGGGUCGCUCCCACAAAGAGGUGGUGGAGAUGCUGAAGUCAGUGCUGAUGGGUCAGAGCGUGGACGUGGUCCUGAGGAGAGGAUACCCGAUGCUCUACAACCCCGACGGCUGCCCCAAACAGAGUCUGGAAUCGCCGCAGACGCCCAGCGAGUCCACCAACCCGAGCCGAGGCCCGACCCACCUCACCUACAGCCAUCCGCUGAAUGCCAACGGCAACACACCAGGACUGGCACAAACUCCGCCCACUUAUGCAGCUCAGCAAAUGACUAAUGGGAUGACAGGUUCGCCGACCCGCAUGUCCUCUGACCUCCCGCUGGGCCAACCUCCCCCUCCAGAGAGGACUCCCAGUGACUCUGAUGGCGGCCCGUCCAACGCGGGAACUCGCAGGUCCUCUCUGAUUCGGUACAACAGCAGCACCCUCCCCACCCUCUCCUCCUCCUCCCUCCUCUACCAUCAGAGCUCCAAGUCUUCAGAGAGCGAUCUGUCCACGUCCACGCUUCCCAUCACUUCCUCGUCCUCCCAUGCUCUGUCCAAACUGCCCCUUUCUCAGCCAGAGACAGACCUCCUACAGAACUCCACAAGCGCCCCCACCAGCAGCAACCCCACCUGCUCCCCCAUGCCUCCUUGUGCUCCUGUACAGCGCCCACCAAUGCCCCAGACCUCCCUUGCCCUGACCCUGCCAAGAGACGUCCCCCCGUGUGGCUUUAACGGCUGUCCCGCCAGCCACCAGGGUUCUUCCCCGGCCUCCCGAGGAAACCCAGGACUAGUGCUCCCCUUCGGGGCGGGGUCACCCGCGGUGGCGUCUGGGGGAGAGCUCGUGCCGGUGGCCCUUGGGCGCAGCAAGAGUGGCGGUCUGGGUUUCAGUGUGAUGGUGGGGGGACAGGGAGGGCAGCAGGCGGUGGUGAGGCGGAUCUGGGAUCGGCGGCAGUGCCCCUCGCUGCAGGCCGGAGACGCCAUCGUGAAGAUCAACGGAGCGGACGUGCAGAGUCUCAGCUUUGCCCAGGUCCAGAGAGUCCUUCAGGAACACACCAAGCAGGGGGAGGUGGUGCUGCUGGUCUACAGAGGAGGUCCAGUCUCCUCCCCUGUCGUCACCCCCAACCUCUACAAGCCCAUGUCCUCCCCCCACAUCUCCACCACCCCUUCCUCGUCCUCUCACCCCCCCACCUCAGCAGACAUGCCUUCUCCAUCCAUUGGUGCCUUGCUGGGGGGCGUCCCUCUGCUUAGCCAGGCUGGCUUGGCCCUCGAAAGUCCCAAGGAGGGCCACCUACCAGCUCCUGGGACCCACCAAGGAGCACCUCAUCCCCAGACCCCUAAUGGGCCCCCGGCCUCAGCCCUCAUCCAGAGUACCAGCUUCCUGGACUCAGUUCCGGUGACGCUGACCUUAGAGCCCCGCGACCUGCUGGGAGUGGAGGAGAGCGCCGGGGGGCCUCCCCCGGUUAGAGGGGAAGCAGUGGCAAAGGACGGGAGAGGAGGAGUGAAGACGGUGGAGGUGGAGCUGAGGAGGCGGCCUGGAGAAGGCUUUGGAUUCGUCAUCGCCUCUCAGGAAGCGAGUGGAGCCGCCUCCCUGAUGUCCCACCGCUUUGUGACGGUGCGGCGUGGCAGCCCAGCGGCACGCAGUGGCCAGAUCCAGCCCGGAGACCAGCUGGAGGCGGUGGAGGGUCGGCCUGUUUCCGGUCUGCAGCAUAGAGACCUGGCCCAGAUCCUGAGGAGGGCAGGGAACACGCUGAGGCUGAACAUCACCCCCCGACAGCAACCGUCCUCCAUCUCAGAAGGAGCCAACCUCAACAUCGAUGGUUGCCUGAUCAAAGGGUCCAGAGGGAGGUCAAAGGAGGAGUCCAGGUUCUACAGCGUGGAGCUGGAACGAGGUCCAACUGGUUUUGGCUUCUCUUUGAGGGGGGGCAGCGAGUACAACAUGGGACUGUAUGUUCUGGGUCUCAUGGAAGGGGGGCCGGCCCAACGCAGCAACAAGAUCCAGGUGUCUGACCAGCUGGUGGAGAUAAACAGCGACAGUACAGCAGGAAUGACCCACAGUCAGGCGGUGGAGCAGAUCCGGAGAGGAGGACAUCGGAUCCACCUGGUCCUGAAGAAGGGAAACGGAUACGUUCCAGACUACGGUGAGACAUGA